AUGUUGUUCGAAGACCUCGCAACAGAGCUCGUUGUACAUGUGUUUCUAUCCUGCAAUUCAGUCACCGAUGUCACGGCGCUAUCAUCGACCUGCCGCCGCUUCCGCAACAUCUACUCCUCAUCCCAGAAACUCCCCAUACUCGAGAUCGCAGCAGAAACGCAGCUCGGGCCUCUGGAAGACCUAAACCAACUCCUCACUCACAAUGCCAGUCAACCGGCACAUAUCGUUCGCUCCGUCCCAUUCUCCCUCGCCCUUCUCAAGCAAAUUGUCCAGCACGGGCGCGUCGCCGAGAAGUGGUGCGAUAUAUACCCAUUCAAGAAGUGGAAGCACAACUUUGAAAGCCGCCGUCUACUGACGGCCGAGGAGCGAUACCGUGUGCGACGCGCCAUCUAUCGCUCUUGGCUCUACUCCCGCGCCUUCCACAACCGCGAUCAUCCACGCGAAUUCCGCGCAGCACGUCUCGUCCUACUCAAACGUGCGGCGCUCCUGCACAACUGGAGUACCUGGGAACUUGCCGAAAUUGCCGAUGUGCACUCCGUCAUCCGGGAGGUCGUACAAACCAACGUCUGCCCCUCCAACAACACCAUUACACGAAAGUUCAAGAAACGACAUCCGGGUAACGAGCACUCCCUCCUCUUCAAUAUUCAUCUCAAUUACCCGCCAACAGCCCCACAAGCCUUCAACCCGUUCACCCCGAACCCGCUUACCACUGACUUCCACAACACACCAACUUACACUUCACGCUACGCCUCGUCCAAAUACUCGCUGCACCACGAAGUCGGCGCUGAGGGCUGGGGCGACGAUAUACCCCACUAUUACGUCAUAGAGGACUACAUGAAGCUCGACCCGGCUCAGAUAUUGUAUCUUAAAGAACACGCGCCGCUGAAAAGUAUGGUGGAGAGCUAUGUCAGGAGUCUAUGCCCGGAAUAUGAUUGGUUCACUAAUAAUGGGGAGACGUGGGUUCAGACGCUGGAGUUUGUGCUCGAGGAGCGUGGAGAGGAUGUAGGAGACUUUAUGGGGGCUAUUGCGGAUGGGGAGUUGGGUGUUGCUGUGUGUGAGAUGCAGGUGGCGGGGUAGAUUGGAGUUUCCAUAUCUGUGUCUCUGUUGUUCUAACUACUUCACUUCGCACGGCAUAUAUACGUAUCUCGAAGGUUGAGGGAAACUUUAUCCGUGUGCUUCCACAUGAUCAUCCAACAACUACAAAUUUUCA